CGCAGCGCAGAGGACCAGAUAUAUUCCCCGCGGGACUCAGGGCAAAGCCGGAAAGGGCUGGGUUUCAGGCUCUCCCAAAAAAAAAGGAAGCGGCAGAGGAACUGCAGGACAGAGGAACUGCAGGAAAAGGGGGAAGAAGACUGGAAGAAAACAGGAAAAAGCCGCCGGGCGGCCAAGUUGGAAAUAAAACAUAUCCCGUGGUUGUGGGAACACGGCACCACGAGGGCGAUCAGGCGAUCGGGCGGGUCUGGAUGUGCCGAGAGACGAUCGUCAGCGGUGAGGACAGCAGUCUAGCCGAUGCUCCAGCUCAACGACAUUCUCUGAAACAACUGCUCUUGCCAACUCCCUCGACCUACUCGAGAAAGACGACAGGCUCGUCCUCGUCAACAUGAAGUUUUUCAAGCAGAGCUUCUUGUACGACGAUUCCUGGUCCAUCGUCUCCCUCGCCUAUUUCCUUCGUUACCCGAACCCCUACGCUUCUCAUGUCAUUUCCUGCGAUGUCAUCUCCCGCAGCAUGACCCCCACGGGCUCGCUGGUUACGACGCGCCUCAUCCUCAAGCGAGGCGCGCUCCCGCGCUGGGCGCCCCGAGGCAUCAUGUCCCGCGCCGAGUCCUGGGUUGUGGAGGAGAGCGAAGUCGAUCCCUUUGGCAAGACCAUCCGCUGCAUCACAAAGAACCUUGACCACGUCAAGGUCAUGCAAGUCGAGGAGUCUGUCUUUUUCCGACAGACGCCGGAGGGGAAGACGCUGCAGACCACGGAGGCGAGGAUACGGUCCAACUUUGGCUGGGGCAUGGCCAAGAGGAUCGAGAGCCACGGCCUGAACAGAUUCAAGGCCAAUGUCCAGCGUUCCCGCGAGGGCAUCUCCCUCAUCCUCGAGAUGCUCCGGCAAGCUCGUCCGCAAACCAUGGGCAUGGGCGGUGUCUCAAUGGCUCUGUCCAACUCGCCCAGCCUGUACGAGUCGCGCAACUACGAGUUGCGCGACUGAUUUCUCGAACCCCCACUCCGUCCCAUCUCCUGCAAGACCAUACUUAUUAGCAACCCUCCGCUCGAGUGCGAACUAGCAUCCCGCCCUCGAGCGGACUGUACCAUACCAUACCAGCAAGUUUGCGUGCUCCGUUGCCUCCUGUUUGGACCGCGUUUAAUGAUUAUCGUCUGUCGGUGCAUUGUAUUAGUAGUAGUCGCUGUCCUGGGCCCUUUCGUUGUCGUAUGAACACACGUUGGAACGUCGACAUUUCGAGCCAGGCAUUCUAAGCCCCCU